AUGAAGAAAAAGCCAAAGUAUUCAGCAACACGCCGGCUGCUGCUUAAGUCUAAGCUGCUGAAGAAGGCAGCGUCUAUGCUGGUGGCUGAAAUUGAGGAGAAAAAACUUGAGAAAGAAAGAGCAGUGAGCGAGUCUAUUCCUCCCCUGAAGCUGUCAGGUCUGUCAGUCCAGGAGCUCCAGGAACUAUGCAAAGAGUUACACCGCAAGAUUGACGUCGUAGAUGAGACGCGUUAUGAUAUGGAGAUCAAAGUAGCCAAAAAUGACACCGAGAUCCAGACGCUGAAACUGAAAAUCACUGAGAUGAAGGGUGUAAAGAGGCCCAGCUUGAAGAGGGUGAAGAAAACCACAGAUGAUGUGCUGGGUGCAUACACCGACACUUCCAAACUCAUGAAGGCUGAUUUCAAAGCUAACCUCAAGACAGUGAAGAAAGAUGAAGAAAAGAGGGAAGAAGUGACAGACUGGCGUAAGAACGUGGAGGCCAUGUCCGGCAUGGAGGGCAGGAAGAAGCUAAUCACUGUCAACAAUAAGAAUGGUUUACAUUAUACGAAAAAGUCAAAGAUAUCUGCAUCUCGCAGACUGGCUCUUAAGACCAAGCUGCUAAAAACUGCAACUGUGAUGUUGGAGAAGGAGAAGGAGGAAAAGAGACUGGAGAAAGAUGCCACUCUGAAGGAGAGAGUUCCUCCACUUCAGCUCUCUGGUUUGUCUGUUCAGGACCUUCAGGCUUUGUGCAAAGAACUUCACCAAAAGAUAGAUGUGGCAGAUGAAGAACGCUACGAUAUUGACGCCAAGGUGGCCAAAAACAGCAAGGAGAUAGAGAGUCUGAAUGCGAAGAUUAUCGAGCUGAGGGGUAAGAAGCGGCCUGCUCUCAAGCGGGUGAAGAUCUCAGCCGACGCCAUGCUGGGAGCGCUGCUGGGCGCCAAGGUAAAAGAGUCUGUGGACUUCAAGGCCAACCUGAAGACUGUGAAGAAAGAGGAGGAGAAGAAAAAAUGUAAGAUUUCCUCUUCUCGAAAGCUGGGGCUGAAAAUUAGACUCCUGACAGUUGCGGCUCAAAUGCUGCAGGAGGAAACUGAUCAGAAGAUGAAAGAGAGAGAAGAUACACUGGCUGAAAGACUCCCUCCUCUAAAUCUGUCUGGUCUUUCUUUGCAAGAGCUGCAGGACCUUUGCAAAGACUUGCACCACAAGAUUGACGUUGUAGAUGAAGAACGGUAUGAUAUUGGCCUGAAAGUUUCCAAAAAUGACUUGGAGAUUCAAAACAUGAACAUUAAGAUCACUGAGAUUCAGAGUAAAUUCAAGAAGCCCCACCUGAAGAGAGUCAAGAUCUCAGCUGAAGCCAUGCUGAGCGUUCUGCUGGGCUCCAAACAUAAAGAAUCGAUCGACUUCAAGGCUAACCUUAAAACAGUAAAGAAGGAGGAGGAGAAGAAAGAGGAGGUUACGGACUGGCGUAAGAAUGUGGAGGCCAUGUCUGGAAUGGAGGGCAGGAAGAAGCUGUUUGAUGCCUCUGGCAACUAGAGAAACAACCACUUCUAAAAGAAAUCUCAGAUUUGUUCAUUUCUUAUUACUUAUGUCCGAUACAUUGAAUUAUGAAUUGCAAGCAGGACGAACACUAUCAUAACUAGGGUAGGCACUAAGUGCUUUUUAAAUUAUUUAUAGAAACAUAAAAUGGUGAGUAAGGCUGAAAUAUAUAUUAGAUAUAACCCCUUUUCUUUAAGACUAACGAUUUCAAGAUGUUUUGGUAAUUUAAUUAGUUUUUUAUGAGCUAAAGAUGUACGAGUGUCUGCAACAGUGCUUACAAGCAGCCUCGAGAUGGCAGCAGAAUUCUUUAAAAAUCCUCACAGCAUGCUUAGCGAUGUGUGGUCUUUUGUUUAGAGCGUACGCUGGAGAAAAACUGUUUGUCUCUAUGAAAUAGUACCUGCUUUAGUGUUAUCUGUUGUGAGAAACUGCCUUGUAUUUGCUAAACAUUCAAAUUGUACAGGUCAUUAAAGAUGUUUCCCAAAAUGAAUCAGUACAAUUGCUAUCUUUGUUGAAGGCUUUGUAGAGGCAGCAUGUCAUUUUGGUUUAUAGACCCUCAAGGUUCUGACAAUGCUUUGCUCAAAUGUGGAAAAUUAAAAAUAAAUUUGGGCUCUUUGUGAGACCAAAACUGAUCAAACCUGCGUAGUGAUGAUUGAAAACUGCCUCAGCCUUCACAGUUGCAGAAAUAAGACAGUGGGACUAAGAAAGCAUCACAAGAGGGCCGCCACAGCAAGAACUUUCACACUUCAUACAUGUGGGAUAUGAGAGACGCAAGAAUGGUGAGGACAGAGGGUCUAUUUUGGUGAGCCACUCACAUGAGUGCUGGAAUCUAUAUAUCUACCCUCUUCCAUCCCAUCCUGUCUCAGGAAAAAGACGCCUGCGAGUACUCGUCAUUCACUGAAUCAGACUUAAAGAGGAGGUAUAGAGAGCUGCAAAUAUGUCUGAAGCGUAAAAACCAAAGCCGAAGAUCUCUGCAUCUCGCAGACUGUUUUUGAAGACCAAACUGCUAAAGAAGGCCAUGACAAUGCUGGAUGGUGAAAUACAAUUCAAGCAAGCUGAGCGAGAGAGGAUCCUUGCUGAGAGAGUGCCAGCGCUCCAAGUUUCAGGCCUGUCUUUGCAGGAACUACAGAAUCUAUGCAAAGAAAUACACCAGAAAAUCGAUAAGGUUGAUGAAGAGCGCUACGAUUUUGCUGCCAAAGUGGCAAUCAACGACAAAGAGAUAAGGGAUCUGUCUCAAAAGAUCUUUGAGUUGAAAGGCAAGAUGAAGAGACCAAACCUGAGGAGGGUUAGGGUGUCUGCAGACGCCAUGCUGGGAGCUCUGCUGGGUUCCAGGGUCAAAGAGUCUGUGGACUUCAAGGCCAACCUCAAGACUGUGAAGAAAGAGGAGGAGAAGAAAGAAGAGGUGACUGACUGGCGUAAGAACGUAGACGCCAUGUCUGGAAUGGAGGGCAGGAAGAAGCUGUUUAAUUCUGCACAGUAGAUUAAUAGUGAAUAUCUCUAAAGAUGUU